AUGCAUGCAUUCACCUCUGCAAAGAAGCAAGAAGCUCGCAUCGCAGAGCUCGAGGUCGAAGUAGAACAGUUACAAAAGGAGCUGGGGGAAGAAGUAGACGCAAAUAAGAUAGUUUCCCGUCAUAUCAAGCUUUUGCAUCGGUACAACGAAGCUAAAGAUGCCACCCAACUUCUGAUCGGAAAGCUCGCGUCGCACAAGCAGACGACCAUCAGACAAGUCCACGAAGACCUGGGGCUCACGGAUGUCGACUAA